CGGUUUUCCGACGGCCAUGAUGGUAUCCCUUGCUGUACUCCAAGUCAAUAAAGAUGCAUCGCUCCGAGUCUCUGGCUUGUAGAGAUCAAUUGGUUCUGCAAAAGUAAUUUACAACCUCGUGAUACCCUUCGUUCCGUCAACGCAUCGUCUCCGCUCAUUUGGUUUUCCUUGUCUCAUCCAGCUCAACCCCUCAUAUUCCUACUCGGCGCCAUUGCUAUGACUUCCAGGAGCACCGCCCUGCGGUCGGUGACCUCACGGUCCGGCUCCGCCUUAUCGUACAGGCUGGCAGGUACCGCACUGCCUCGUCGUGCCUUUGCGACAUCGGCCCCCAGGGCCUCAGUUCUUGCUGCCUUCAAGGUGCCCAAAAUCGCCAAUGAGCCAAAUCACCACUAUGCCAAGGGAUCGGCUCAGCGAGAAGCUCUGCUCUCCACCGUCCAAAAGGUCAAGAGCAAGGGUGCGGUAAAUGUCCCAAUCGUGGUUGGUGGCAAAGAGAUCACAACAUCAUCCUCUGGCAAGCAGUUGAACCCGUCAGACCACUCCCAAGUUGUGGCUACAUACUCAAAAGCAGGCCCGGAGGAUGUCAAAAAGGCAAUUGACUCUGCCCUCGCUGCCAAGGACGCCUGGGCUUCGCUGCCCUUCGCGGACAGGGCAGCCGUCUUCCUCAAGGCUGCCGAUCUGAUCUCCACAAAAUACAGAUACGAGAUCAUGGCUGCUACGAUGCUUGGUCAGGGUAAGAACGCGUGGCAGGCAGAGAUUGACGCCGCCGCAGAGCUGUGCGACUUCCUGCGAUUCAACGUCCAGUACGCCGAGGAGUUGUAUGCUCAGCAGCCCGAGCACAACUCGCCAACCGUGUGGAACCGGCUGGAGUACCGCCCGCUCGAGGGCUUUGUGUACGCCAUCACACCGUUCAACUUCACUGCCAUCGCCGGAAACCUGCCCGGCCUCCCUGCCCUGCUUGGAAACGUUGUUGUGUGGAAGCCGUCCGACUUCGCCAUCGCUUCCAACUGGCUCGUCUACAAGAUCUUCAUCGAGGCAGGUCUGCCCAAGGAUGUCAUCCAGUUCAUCCCAGGUGAGCCCGAGGAGAUCACCAAGAUUGCAUUGGACCACAGGCAGUUCGCCGCUCUCCACUACACGGGCAGCACUGCCGUGUUCCGCAAGCUGUAUGGUCAAAUUGGUGAGGGCAUCGCAGAGGGACGCUACGUCGGCUACCCUCGCAUCGUAGGCGAGACUGGCGGCAAGAACUUCCACAUAAUCCACCCCUCUGCGGACCUUGACAACGCCGCCGUGCAGACGGUGCGGGGAGCAUUCGAGUUCCAGGGCCAGAAGUGCAGCGCGACCUCACGGGUCUACGUGCCCGAGAGCGCCUGGCCCGAGUUCAAGCAGAAGCUGGUCGAGAAGACGGAGCAGCUCAAGAUUGGCGUGCCCUGGGAGCCCCAGAACUUCAUCGGCCCGGUCAUUCACACUGCUUCGUUCAACAAGCUGUCAGGAGCGAUCGACAAGGCCAAGAACGACAGUGAGCUUGAGCUGGUCACCGGCGGCUCGUACGAUAACACCAAGGGCUACUUCGUGAAGCCUACCAUCUACCGCACGACGAACCCUACGCACACAUACCUCAAGGCAGAAUUCUUUGGCCCCAUCCUGACGGCGUACGUGUACGACGACAGCAAGCCCGACGGCUUCGUCAAGGCUUGCGAACUGGUUGACUCGACGACGGAAUACGGGCUCACGGGGUCGGUGUUUGCAUCUGACCGGGCGGCGGUGCGUGUUGCGGAAGAGGCGCUCCGGAACUCGGCGGGUAACUUCUACAUCAACUGCAAGAGCACGGGAGCAGUGGUGGGACAGCAGCCGUUCGGCGGUGCGAGGGCAUCGGGCACGAACGACAAGGCCGGAAGCGCAGCAAUCAUGGGCAGAUUCGUGAACAUGAGGACCAUGAAGGAGGAGUUCGUUGCCACAACCAAGGUUGAAUACCCCAGCAACGAGAUCUGAGAUCUGUGACGUUGAUGGCGAUGGGACAUUAGUCGGAUAGGCAUGGAAAUAGUGUAGGCGUCUGGUUGACGAGACAUAACGUUGGGAUGCAUUUUUAACAGCAUGUGACAGGCAAGAAGCCAAGAGAGUGGGACACAAGGUCUAGGCCCAUGAACCCCUGCUGACUGCCCGUUAUACUACCUAGGUAGUAUCUGCGCCGCUGCGGGUACCAGGCAUCUCAACCGAAACCUUGCUGCAUAAAGGUGGGCACGUGGGCACCUCUUGGGCUAGAAAUUUAGACGAUGAUUCUGAUGAGCUCGAACCAAUUGCAUCCGUCACUACUGUCA